GCAGAUUGUGGCGGCUUGCUGCGUGCAUCCUCUUGCUGGGUGCAUCCUCCUGCAACUUCCUGGCCCUCGAAGAGGUUCAACAUCCCUUGGAUCGAGGAGGAGAUCUUUUAUUUCUCCCCAUUCGGGUGGUCAUGGAGCCUCUCACUAGCUUUGUGAGUGCGGUCUUGCUGUGGCCACUGCGGUUCCAUUUCAGGGUCCAAGCCCUGCGAUUGGGCGCAGCCAAUGCACCCGGCAGAAGCGUCGACUUGCCGCAGGUCUUGCGUCAGGCCUCCCAGCAGAGCUGCCAGACCUUGCAGCAGCUCUUCCGGGCUGAUGCAAUGGCCUUUGGGCGCAUGAGCUGUCCUGAGACGGUGCUGAUUCGCAGUUCACAGGUGAGAGUGAGCAUUUUGCCCUCGCGCUUCGGGCGUCGGAAGGUGCUCCUAGCCACCGACACACUGGUAUCCCAGCUGUCGGAUUUAGAGCUGCGCUUCGUGCUGGGACGGGAGAUGGGUCGCAGCUGGUUGCGGCACACGGACUUUCUCCGGCCAUGGGUCUUGCAGCACUUCGUGCGUGAUGUCGUGCUGUUCCCUUUGAACGUCCUUGGCUACCGCCAGACAUCCACUUUGAGGGAACGACCGACAUCCCAAAGCUUCAAGAAAUGGAUGGUAUUGAGACGUUGGGUGGACGGUGUGGCAAAUGCCUGCGAUGCCUAUCGCGGCUUGAGGUCCGGCACCUGGCCGGGUCUUUCCGACCUGGACCUGGAGCAUUUCCGGUGUCCCGUCGCGCCGUCGUCCUACGGCCCGGUGGACGCUGCCGCGGCACUCUGCGCGCGGCUCCGCGCGCCCGGGGGCGUCUCGGCGCUGGGCACCGCGGCAGUGGGGUCGGUUGGACCCAAGCUGGCGGCGGUGGUGCUGAGUUUGUCACCGGAAGAGGAGAGGCAGCUGAUGCGCUUCACCAGACUGGGCACCUGGGCCUUGGGCCUUUGGUCAGCAAAGGCUAGGGCUGAGGUCUUCUCGGCGGAUCGUUUGGGAUUUCUGGCUGCCGAGGGCGAUCUGGACGCUGCCUUGAGGGCCAUGGUCCUAGCCGCACAGCGGCCAGGGGACGUGGCCACGGCCACCCUGCUGGGAAGCAGCGAGCUGGUGAAACAGGCCGAAUACUUGGCUUCGGUGCUUCCGGCCACUUACUGGUCCUUGUCCCCCUCGCUCUUCGCCCGGGUUGCCGAUCUGAGCUCCUGGGCGAGAUCGCCCACGGCCCGCGCCGCACUGCAGAUGUGA